GCAAAAUAACACGCGUCUCUACACCCCAUUCCUGCAUUCAUACCAAGACAUGGAAUUACUUUGACACACAGCUGGCGAGAGAGAACAUAAUGUUGCACAAGCGUGUCACUGCUAUGUGUAUGUUUUGAGGUGGUAUGUGAAAAGCGAAUGACAGGUUCUCAUUUCAAUCACUAUUCUGUAUUACAAAAUACAGUAGGCUACACCGCUGCAUUAAGUAUUCAGUGUAUGAAUGUUUAAUGCGAGUAUAAUCUUACGCAGUGGAGAUCUAAACACAAAUUAUAUAAACUAGACACUAGACCAUGUUACCGCCUGCAAUAAUGUGCAUGGUAAUCGGUGGGAAUCAUUAAUGUUAAGUGAAUGAAAAGUAGGCUAGAUAUUAAGUGGAAAUGGUUAAGGAAAAAAAAGUGGAGGCGGGGUAGGGAGGGCGGAGACAGUUGUUUAUAUUCGUGUGUCUGUAACUCGUCAACUCUUCUAGUGAGCUAGAAGCAAGAUUCACUAUUUCAACCGAGUUGCACUACUAGGUAACAAUAUUAUAUAAAUACGCGAAUAGAUAUAGGUUCUGAUUUGACUUAUCCAAUAAGGCCGAGGAUCAAGGAAAGGAGUGUACAACAUUUUAAGUGAAUCUCCUUAUGUGAAUUUUAAAAGUUGGACAAAAAUAAGAAGGUAGGCUGUUUCACAUAGGAAACAGGCGGAAAGCAUAACAUAGUAUAAAGGCACAACGCGCGCAGCAGAGUGGUGACCUGGCCAGAGCGCGAUGUUUGGAAUGAUAAAGAAUUCCAUUUUCGGGAACACGGAAGAAACGGACUACAAAUUGCUCAGCAGCGAGACCAAGGACGGGGUCAGCUACGAGGUGCGGAGGUACGAUGGUGCAAAGUAUGCCUCAGUGAGCUCAGAGGGGCGGACCUUUGACCAGGUGAUGGGGGAGCUAGUGAGGAAGCUUCUCGUGUACAUUGGGGGAAGCAACGACCAAGGGGAGGCAAUGGGGACGACAGCACCGGUUAUCAUCACAGUAUAUCCCAGGGACGAUGGUGUGAUGUCACGCCGUCUGGUGGUUAGCCUCAGGAUUCCCACCAACUACCAAGUCAGUCCCCCUGUACCCAUCGACAGUGCCAUCAGAAUCGAGGAUCGACCCGGCAUGACUGUCUACUCACUGCAGUUUGGAGGCUUCGCAGGGGAGACUGAGUACCGAGCAGAGGCCUCUCGCCUAACCAAAACUCUUGGUGAGACUGCCCCAUUUCAGCGGAAACAGUACUUCUGCUGCACCUACGAUCCACCAAUGAAACCCUACGGCCGACGCAACGAGGUGUGGUUCCUACAGGAGGAGCCAUAAGGGAAGCAUUAAGACCGACUCUUAAUAAUAACCUAUAGUCACUUCCUCUCCUUCAUCUUCACGGAUCACUCCACAUCUGGAUCUUUAUCCCCAAAAAAUAGGAUAUGUGAACAUAAUAUGGCAACAAUUUGUUUUCAAAUCAGUGCAAAUGAAGGAGAGGUGAUGCAAAGAAGUGUAUUAGACUAUUGAAAGGUCAUAAAGGGGAGGGAUGGGCAGCGGGCUACAUAGUUACUGGUCCAAAGUAGUGCAAUAGUACGAUACCAUUAUCAGUAACUGGAUAUUAAGUGGCCUGGGGUAGGAGCCACUAACCACAAUGUACCGCUGUGUUAUAGGUGGUACAUCAUUAAGUUCUUAAUUUUGUACACCCAGGGUUUGACACUCCCCUUAAAACAUGCUUCAUAGUACUGGGAAGAAAAGCACAUUAAAUCAGGCUGUACACAUAUCACAAUUCAGCAGUCUAAUUAAAUGAUGCCUCACUUCACACACCAUAAAAACAAAAUGACAGUUAAGUAUUCAAUAUGUAAAUUAAGUUUUAAAAAGCACAAUUCCUUUUCCCAAGGGAGGGGAUUGGAAAUAAACUAGGAAUUGAGCCAUAGAGUAGUGAUAGUCAAAUGUUUUCCUGAGUAUGAAUUAGUUGGUGGGGAGGGUAUGAAGGGGAAAUGUGUUAGUCAUUCCUUAAGUGUUAUCAUUUGAGAUGUCUAAUCCUUCUGUGAUGAUGACAUGAAAACUUUAAGACAGCAGUUGUGUGUAAUGAAUGUUUUGGCGUGCUUGUAUUUGGAGUCUUUGAAUUGUAAUGUUACUUAUUAUGAUUCUUGAAACUGUAUUUUGAAAUACCUCUGUAUAGUGUGUGAUUUUCUGUGAAAAUAUGGAGUGACGAUAUCGUCAGGAUUUGAUAGCGUUUUAUAUCAUAAUAUGUUAUUCAAGAUAUUACUAAUAUGAUUUUUUGUGCAAUACUGACAUUUCCUUUUUUUUUAGUUCUAUACAAACAAAAGAAUGCUUAAAAUACUGGCACACCACUGUUUUGGAUAAGUUUUACAUAAACAUUUAUUUAUUAUUAGAUUUUGAAUCAAUAUGAAGAACUCAAAAUAAGGAGUAUGGUUUACAAACAAGAUAUUUCAGACAUUUGAUUAAUUUAAGCAGAUAAUUAAAACCAACCAAACCUCUAACCUAAAACUAGUACAAAAAUGUCCUCUCUAUGCACUCUGAGAAAAUAGCAAUUAUAUGGUCUGUUAGUCACUACAACUCAGUUUAAUCAGGAAUAAAUGAGUGGUUUUCACAGGUUAAUUCGUCACAACUGCAAGAAAGCACUGUGUAGCGGGCUAGCGGCUAAAUAAAUACAUGGCCUAGUAACCCCACACUUGUGUAAUU